UAAACAAAUCUCCAAAAUAUUUUAUCGUUUUGUGAAAUAAAUUGAAAUUAUUAAAUUGUUCUAAAAUCAUGAACGAGAAAUAUUUUUGCCGAUGUUGUUUAUCAGAAGACUGCUAUAAAGACAUGGCUAAUGACUAUUAUUUUGGGCAAGUCACAGAAAAUUACUGCCAAAUGUUGUUGAAUAUUUUUAACAUCAAUAUAGCAAUUGAUGAGGAACAAAGGAGUCUAAUUUGUGAAGAGUGUGUCUCCAAGCUUCGGGAUGCAGCAGCUUACAAGCAGAAGGUUCUAGAAGUACAGGAGAUGCUCAGGAACAGCGUUCACUUGGAAACUAAUGGCAAAGGCACUAACAUCAAUGCAAUUGAAGAAGCGGAUAAUUUUGAUGAAUUUGUCAAUGAAAUAGAUUAUUCUUUUAAUGAAAAUGAUAUAAAAUGGGAAAAUUUUACUUCUGAUGCCUCACAGAAAGGAAAAUGCUUCGUCAUCCAACUGGAAUCUAACAGGCAAAAAGCGUCAAUAGACUCAAAAACAUACUCAUUAUUCAAAGAAAAAUGCAAAAAUGAAUUUGAACAACCAAUGAAUCAAAAAUACCCUUUACUUGAUACAAAUUAUUCCUUAAACUCUAAUAACACUAUUGACGAAAAUACAAGUAAUAUUAAUUUACAAGAAAGUAUUAAUACUUCAAAAGACCAAAUAGAAAAUAGUGAUGGGACCUCUGAUUUUGAAAAUACUGAUUGUCAAGAAGAAAAUGUAGGUUUAUAUGAAAAACCUUUAAGUUCUUGUAUUGAUGAAGACUUAGAUAUUGGUGAAUCCUCUAAAAGUAAAAAGAGGAAGAGAAAUCUCAAGAAUAUAGAUGAUACAGCGAAGAGAAAAAAGAAGAUGGUUGAAAACAAAAAAGAAAUAUCCCAGUCGGACUUGCGUUUGCGUUACAAACGCCAGAAUACAUUGAAACUAAUACAAAACUCGAAUCUCUGCCUUUUUAAAUCGUUUCAAAAUAAAUUCGGUUGCCAACAUUGUAAUAUGAGAUUCACUGACUUAGGUCAUUUGAAAGAACAUUCAUUGACCCACGCUAGCACAAAAAUGAAGAGCCUAGUAAAUAGAUUAAAAGGCUUCUCUUGCAAAAAUGCCGAAAUAUCAGACUUAAAAUGUAAUAUGUGCUCCGAAAAAUGCGAAGAUUUGUCGAAAUUAAUGGACCAUUUAAAAAUGCAACAUAAGAUCGCGUUCCAGGGCAAAGAUCAUUACUUAGUGCCAUAUAAGUUGCAUGACGGAUUCAAAUGUGCGCUUUGCGAUACAAAAUUCAAUACGUAUUUAAGAUUAUCAAUUCACAUGAAUACUCAUUAUGAAUACACUAACAACGUUUGCGAAAUAUGUGGACUUUCAUACAUUAAUCGUCAGAGUUUAUCUUCCCACGUUCACUCGCAGCACAGAGAGAAAAAAUGUUCGCAAUGUCCCGCCAUUUUUUUGACAAGCGCGGCAAGAACGAAGCAUUUACGUCAAGCGCAUGGCGUUAGAAAUUUGAAAAGCUAUUGCAAUUUGUGUAGCAAAACGUUUCGUUACUCCUAUUUAGUGAGAGCGCAUAAAAUUAAAGAACAUGGUUUGCAAAGAGAGUCGUUUAGUUGUUCCUUGUGUGAAAAAACGUUUUGGUCGUCGAUAAAUUUGAAAUUGCAUGUCCGUUCCGUUCAUAUAAAAGAAAGGAAUUAUCCUUGUACGAAAUGUGGUAUGCGGUUUUUUACUAAAUGCGAUCAGCAUAGACAUGAGAGGACGCAUGAAGAUUUGCGCUCGUUCUGUUGUAGUUACUGUGAUGCUAAGUUCAAGUCGAAAGAUUCUUGGCGACGCCACUUGAAGAGGCAACAUGGCCAUGUGUUUGAGAAAGAAACUGGUAAAACAAAGAGUGAUGUAGAAACUUAAGAUGAAAGUUGCAACAUUGUUAAUUAUUAUUAGAUAAAGGUAAUGUAAAAUUAUUGAUUUAAGAAAUA